AUCACGGCAGGCAGAGGCAGCGGCAGGACGCGGAGGCUGCUGCGGAGGAUGCGAACUUUGCGCUGGCUGCUGCUCCCGCUGGUUACGGGAAUCCAUCCAGAAUGCAAAAUAUUCCAGCAGGUGGUCAAAGAGGAGGCUCUCUGCUCAGAGCACAACGAAUCUGCUUCACCUGACCUUAAAGGAUGUGCCAGAGAUUGGGAUGGUUUAACCUGCUGGCCCACAGCCACUUUUGGGGAAGUGGUUAAAAUUCCUUGCCCACGAUUUUUUGAAGAAUUCACCAGUACCCACGGUUUCCUUCAGAGGAACUGUACACAGGAGGAAUAUUGGUCAGAGCCGUUCCCACCAUACACCAUUGCCUGUGGCUUUGAUGAAGGUUCCAGUAAAGGACCUGAGGAUCAGAAAUCCUAUUAUUCUGCAUUUUGGCGUGUCUACACCGCCGGCUAUGCAGCAUCUGUGACUUCGCUCAUUACGGCUCUAAUUGUCUUUGCUGCCUUCAGGAAAUUCCACUGCACACGGAAUUACAUCCACAUGCACCUGUUUGUCUCCUUUAUCUUGAGAGCGGUUGCUGUUUUCACCAAAGACGCUGUUUUGUUUGCAGAUGAAACCAUGGACCACUGCCUCAUGUCAACGGUUGCUUGUAAGGCUGCUGUGGCCUUCUUCCAAUUCAGCAUUUUAGCCAAUUUCUUCUGGCUUCUCAUCGAAGGGAUCUACCUGCAAACCCUGCUGCUGCUGACCUUUGUUUCCAACAAGAAGUUCGUGUGGUGGUUCAUAUUUACUGGCUGGGGAGCUCCCACUGCUGUGAUGUUUGCUUGGGUCCUCACACGAAUCCAUCAACAGAACACUGGAUGUUGGGAUGAUGAUGAAAAUGGAGUGGUGUUAUGGAUCAUCAAAGGCCCCAUCCUGCUGACUGUAUUAAUUAACUUUAUUAUAUUCAUUAAUGUGAUCAGGAUUCUAGUCCAUAAAUUGAAAUCCCAAGAGGGAGGAGGGAGCCAUUCAAGCCACUUUGUGCGCCUUGCAAAAUCCACGUUACUUUUGAUCCCCCUCUUUGGGGUGCACUACAUUGUAUUUGCAUUUUUCCCAGAGAGCACUGGUCUGGAGGCUCGGCUUUAUAUCGAGCUGGGCCUGGGCUCGUUUCAGGGUUUUGUUGUUGCUCUCCUAUACUGCUUCUCAAAUGCAGAGGUUCAAACGGAGCUGAAGAAACAACUGUGCAAGUGGCAGUACCAGGAGUACCUGACCUUCACCCACAAACACGGGGCUUUGUCCAGAGAAACCAGCCCAGUCAACUACGUCACCCAGUUAUCACUGCUGGACAAACUCAGCCCCAAAAGGAGAACCUCUGCGCUCCAGGAUGGUGUCACCACUGUCUGAGGGCUCCCAACACGACGAGUUGCUGUGACACUGCAAUGUUCCAACCAAGAGGUGCCCAGCUGGAUCCUUUGUGGCUUUUCCAUAGUGUCAGGAGCCUCCUGGAAAUUCCUUGUCUUGAACAGGGGCUGCUUCUUUCACCUGGUGCAGAUCUGCAUCACAACCCUGAAGCAUAAACCACUCUUGUUUUGCUGUGAAAAGCCAGACUUGGAGCCAGAGCGAAUCAUCAGGUUAGCAAACAAACAGAAAAAUCCUUACAUUAACUCCUCCCAGGCCCGGCACAUUUGUCAUAUCCUUGUUAGCAUUUCCCAAAAUUUCCAGUUUCCGAGACCAUGAUUCCUAACCAUCAUUUGAAAAGGUUAUUUGCUGGCCAAGCUUUGCCAUAAUGAUUUCUGAUGCUUUACUACUUGUUUCGAGACGUCUUGGGACAAUCUAAUAGAAGCACAGAAACCUGAGAAGCACUUACUUAUAGAACAGUAAUCUGCUUUAAAAGGAAACUCAAACUGUCUUCAGUGACACAAACAAGAGACACAAAACUCCUGCUUGAUUUUUUUUUUUUUCUUCCUCUAAGCCUGUUGAACAGUGAUUAAAUUAGGCCAGAGGAUCCCAAACCCUUUCUUGUCCAAAGGAAAAUACGGGGCAGUGGAAUAUCAGGCAGAUGAUGUGUGAAGGAAUAAAUCAGAGCAAACUGAAUGCCAGCGGCCAGCUGGGCCACCCUGUGCUCAGAAUCACUUACAGACCUAUUCUUAGUGCCCAGAUGUUGUGGGGUUUUUUUGUGGGACAGAGGUUCAGAACCUUGAAGAUCAAUCAGUGAAACACCCAAUUCUACCAAUGUUAUAAAACUGGGAAAGAAAGUGUUUGAACAAUAGUCCUGAUUGCAUGAGCAGACCUGGCAAGGGGAAAGGAAAAGGGAAGGGGGAAGAAGAAACAGAAAGGGAGAAAGAGGAAAGGGAAAAGGGGAAAGGAGGAAAAGUAAAGGGAAAAGAAGAAAGGAGAAAAAGAAAGAGGAAAGGAGACAGGAAAAAGGAAAGGGAAAAUGAAAAAGGAAAAAGGAAAGGG